CUCCUGACUCCUAAAAGUAAAUCCCCGUCUUUGCACAAAUUCUUGGCAUUUCACAUGAGUGAGUUCGAAGAAACUCAAAAAUCUCCCUUCUUGGAGGCUUUAUCCACUCAUCACAUCAGUCUCCAGAAAGACAUCCAAGUUUCUAUUCCCUAGCGGUGGCAACAAGUCCUACGCAAAUACCAAACUUCCAGACUUCUUACGAGAGCCAUUUGGUUGUGCGACUACCGCCGCUUUGAUCGUCUGCGGAAGUUCCUGGUGUCGAACGAAGGAUGGUGCUUCUGUCUGUAAAUCAUCUUGUGAUCACCAGGUUUUAAAAACCAUUAGUCUUCGUCUUUUUCCAGGGAUAGUGAUCCCUCACUUUUUAGUGAGGCUUUACUUCUCUAGUCGCAAUCCAGAGAUUGUUAAGUUUUGACCCGUCGCAUUCAAAUUUCUGUUUACAUAAUAUUCAACUGCAUCUCAAAUUGUCAAUUUCCAGGUGAAAAGAAAAAACAACACCUUGAUCUGCGAGUUGACGUAACCGUCACCGCGGCUCUUAACGAUCUAGACGACUCAGGAGCAAGGACUGCUGAAGCAGGUCAAAAUCAUGGAUACAUUACUAACUGCGGAUAUUGCCGCGAAUGCUCCGAGAUACCGGCGCAAGAGCAGUACGUUCAUCGAUGGCAUUCAUGAUGUCCCGGAGGAUGGCGACAGAGCCCCCGCCCAACUAUACAGCACUAUGUCCGGAAGGCUUUUCCACUCCGGUCGUAUUGCAAUCGUCAUGGUAGGGCUUCCUGCUCGAGGGAAAACCCAUAUUGCCGUUUCAUUGGCGCGAUAUCUACAAUGGUUAGGUGUCAAAACACGGAUUUUCCACCUCGGGGACUACCGUCGUGCUACUGUUGGACAAGGUGGUCAUGUACCUGACGACUAUUUCUAUCCCAAUGCCUCUCCGGCAUCUGUUGUUCUACGUCAGAAGAUUCUUAAGAAGUGUCGCGAGGACAUCUACGGCUGGCUCAACCAUGAAAAUGGCCAAGUGGCAAUAUAUGAUGCAGUGAAUCCUACUGCAAGCAGUCGUCGGUCAUUAGCUAAAGAGUUCGCAAAGCAUGACGUCCAGACUCUAUUCCUAGAAUCCUAUGUCGACGACGAUAAUCUGCUUAGAGAAAACGCACGUAAUGUCAAAAUCGGCUCUCCCGAUUUUGCCAACAUGGACCCCGAUGAAGCCGCAAAACUCUACCUAGAGCGCAUGGAAACCAAGAUUCCUGUCUUUGAGACAAUGGACGAGAAAGAACUUAAUUAUAUUAAGAUGAUUAACGCAGGCCAGAAAUUCUUUUACAACAACGUAUCCUUCAACUAUCUCUCUCACCGUAUCGUCUUCUAUCUAACCAACACCCACAUCAAGUCCAGAGCAACAUUUUUUGUUCGGCCGGGUACAGCGAUGGAAGAGGAGAGCUACAAGGCAGAUGCGCCCUUAUCUGAGGAAGGGCAGAAGUAUGCUAAGGUGAUGACUGAGACGGUAAUCAAACACCGUGAGCAAGAACGAGUAUUGCAAGGCGGACCUAAUGCGCCUUUACGCCCACUUGCAGUGUGGUGCUCAACACGCAUGCGCACGUUGCAGACAUCAGACAUUUUCAAGGAACUAGGAUACAAAGUUCGACAGCGUAGCCAAAUGGCUGAAAUCAACCCAGGAGUAUGCGAAAGGCUUAGCGAACGUGCAAUCCGCCGUUUGUAUCCCGAUGAAGUUGAGAAGCAUGAACUUGACCCAUACCACCACCGUUAUCCUCGUGCUGAAUCCUAUCAUGAUCUCGCUGUACGACUUGAACCGAUCAUCCUGGAGCUUGAACGCGAGCAGAAUGACCUCUUAAUCAUCGCCCACGAGAGUGUACUACGCGUCCUCUAUGCUUACCUUAUGCAUUGCAGCACUAUGGAUAUUCCAAAUCUCAAAUUCCCGCGGAACGAGAUCAUCGAAGUCAUCCCGGGGGCGUACCAGAACGAUGCUAAACGUAUCCAUAUUCCGGGCCUCGAUCCAAGGACAGUUCCUGGUUCUCCUGAAGAUAUACGUAUACCCGUACCAGAAAGUGCCAGUGAUACCCCGGGACCGCUACCAGGCGGCGGCCUUUCCGCACCCGCACUACCCCCUAUCGUUGUCGAAAAGCCACCAGAGAGGGUCGUGAACACGGCGGCGGAGGCCGUAAGAGACAAGAUUACGGAUGAGGAUUAGGUCAGGACUCUUCUUGGUCGUUUAUAGACAUGGGAAACACUCACGCCGAUACUUUCUGCCCUACGAUUCUGUAUAAUCAUGAUUCUAGGUAUGGUUAGGAUAGGUGUUUAUGAAUAGACGACUAUUAUGUGAUUUUCAUAUAAUUCCACGUCGAAGACAUCUGGAUGAUCUCUCCUAAGGCGGGAGGACUAAGACCCGUCUU